CUUUGCAUGGGACGAUACGAGCUACUCCUCCCACUCGUAUCCGUGCUGGUGCUUCUUACUGUUGUAUUCUUCCUACCAGAUUGGAUGCUCCCCCUAUCUGCCGGAAAAACCUGCAGAUGUACUGUGUACACGGAGUACAUGCCGGCUAUACAUGUACAUUCCUGCCAAUGCUUCCUCUUCAGAUCCCCAAGGCUCCUCCUCCAGGAGCCCCAAGACUCCAGAAUCCAUCACCGUUCAGUCGCGGUCGUGGCCUCGGUCAUGGCUCUGCGAACCACACUAUCCUUACUGUGGUAAGUUUCUAUUUAUAGGCUCGCGUGGAAUGCGAGGCACUAGCCAGUGUGGGUUUCGCGGGAUUUCCCCAACUCCUCGGCGUGAGAUAUUUGGUCCCGAGGCUGGGGCUUCCAGAGGUCCUCAGCAAAUUGAUAUCAGAGUCCAUUCUGGCCAGAUGGCGAGGCUCAUGCCUUUCUACGCUCAAAAGCAGAGAGCUUCGAUGACAUUCAGGGGCCAGACUCCCCCGGGCGCAGAGAGGAUGAUUCCUGGUGGGUGCGAAGGGAGCGUGAAGCGCACGCAUUGUAGGUUCAAAUCAUAUACAUUUGCAGAGAAGGGACCCUUCAAGAGCAUUCAUGGAUUAUGUAGAAGGUAUGAAGUAGCGGAGGCGUGCAAGAAGCAUCAGCGCACAGUCCCGAGUCAAAGCUAUGUCUUCUCGACGAAAGUCAGGACUCGUGGGAGUGAGUUGGGUUUCGUUUGCGGGAAGCGCAAGGGCUGGAGGAGCGAUAGAUGCUCCAAGAGUCGCCCGUCGGUUGUUAAAGCUGAAUGUCGACUUAGCUAAAUUGAAGAGAGGUUGAGGGCUCGUCCGCUAUGGUCCAGGUGCUGUAUAGGCUGCGAUGUAUGCCAACUGCUCGACUGUUAUUGU